AUGUCUGGAAUCCUUGCUCAUGUUCCUGUAGUUAACAAACUACUGGGACUUGAUGUUAACCGCCAAGCCAUCAACAUCGCCUCGGUAGAGAUUCAUCACAUUGAGACAGACCCGAGCAAACGGGCACGAUGUCUAAAGCACCUCUUGAAAGCAAAUCAUGCUAACUACUCGAUCGUCUACAACAACCUUCAAUAUGAUAAUCACAAUGCUCAUAUCCUCAGCUCAGCAUACCUCCUGGGAGCAAGUGUUCCUCAACUAAAUGACAUCUACGACAGAGAAAUCCGCGAGCUGGAGGCAUGGGUACCGUCGCCCGCUGAGAUUGGAGAGGAUGACUGGCAAGAGCUUCGGGGCGAUGCAAGGUACCAGCGGGCUUUUGUGGACUUCUUCGAAGACAAGCUCGUUAUGCGAUUUAAUUAUGACUGGCACCAAGAAAUGGAGCAUUAUCUGUUCACUGGCGAUGAGCCUCUCAUCAAUGGUCUGAUCGGCGGUCUCGGACACCCGCUGAUCCAUCUAGGCUAUGCCUUCGAGAUGGAUUGUAAGGAACUUGCCAUGGAAGCCCUUGGACUUGCUUGUGUCCAGCAUGACUUUCUCCAUAAGUACCUCGACAACAAGUCGUACACCAGAAAGGCCCCUUUUACCUCGGCCUCCCCAAUGGAUCUUCUCACCAAACUAUCGAAGGACGAUAGAUUCGAUGACGUCAGGCCCGGCCUGUACGACCUGGAAGAGCUCUUCAGCUCAUAUGAGGACAUCAUCUUGGAGUACUGGAACGCAUGGGAAAUCACAGAUCCUGUGAAGCAGUUCGAACUGUCCCAAGAAGCCGCAGCUGCUUUGCUAGUAGCCACAGUCAAGCCAGGCACCCAUGCAUUCAACUUCAUGCUCGUGCAUAUCCUAACAACCAGCCAUGCAGUCCGAGUUCUUCUCCCCUUCAUUCCCGAAAAAUAUCAUAUUCCUCUUGUCCGGCAAUGGUGGCUUCUGGCCUUGGGCAUCUUUAUCGUGAAACGACGGCCACUCCCAGAUCCGGAUAACGUGGACAACGACCCGAAACAACGAGGCUGGAAGUACGUUGAGGACGAGGCAGUGAACUCUGACUGGGCUACAGAUGCUCAUUACGUCAAAGAACGUUAUGCUGUUGCUGCAAAUGCACCCUCUGCGCUGAUGGCUCCGCCCGCGAAGCGCCGCCGGCGGAAUGUCGUUGACGCUUCAGACGAUGAAGACGAAUCGCCCCGUGCAAACACCCUGACCAAGUUUUUGAUUACUUCACCGAGCUCCUCUACCAAAAGCCGCGUCGCUACAGCUUCGCCGAGCCCGACAAAACCUAAAAUCGUCGAUAAUAAGCCAACCAAGAAUGCUUCACUCCGGCUACCUCGUCGAGCGCAAGCGAAGAGCAAUAGCACGAGUCCAAGCGCGAAGCGUACCAAGGAUGUUGGCAAAGCAGCAGAUACUGGAAGGACAGCUGAUUUGAAGACGCUAUUUUCGAACCAGGCACAAAGGGCUGCGCGGUCGAGUGCUGGAGAUAGGCGAUCCGUCCCUCUCGAAGAUAUUAUCAGUGAUCCUAUUUCAGAGGAUGAUGAGAUCUCGGAACAUAAGGCAAGCUCCGCAAGCUUAGUUGGACAACAUGCGAAAAAGAGACUACGAAAUGACUCGCAAUCGUCGUUGUCUAGUGUACCCAGCGCCAGCCAAAAGUUCAUCAAACCACCUAAGCCAGUACCUAUAGCCAGGCCAAACGACGAUGCACGCCCUUGGUCAGAACGAUUUGGACCUCGAAACCUGGAGGAGUUAGCAGUUCACAAGAAAAAAGUCUCUGAUGUGAGGAGGUGGUUGGAGGAUGUGAUAGCUGGACGCAUGCGCCAGCGUCUGCUAAUUCUCAAAGGUGCUGCUGGGUCCGGGAAGACAACGACCCUGCGACUGCUGGCAAACGACAUGGGUAGUGAGCUUCUUGAAUGGCGAAAUCCUGCGGGAAGCUCUGGUCUGGGUUCCGUUUCAGCAUCUGCGCAGUUCCAAGAGUUUCUUGGUCGUGGUGGUAAAUUUGGAGCAUUAGAGACCGAUGCUUCAAUGUCAUCGACCCAGAACAGCUCUCAGAUCAACCGAAAAAAUGAUCCGAAACGAGUUAUUCUCAUCGAGGAGUUUCCUAACACAUUUUCAAGAUCUUCAACGGCUUUAACAUCCUUCCGGAGCACCGUUUUACAUUACCUUGCCAAUAGCACACCCUCUUUAUCCAUGUUUGCGAAGCCUUCACAGCAUGAGCCCAUAACACCGGUGGUCAUGGUCAUUUCAGAAACUCAUCUGACUACGACCUCUGCAUCAGCGGACAGUUUUACUGCACAUCGACUUUUGGGGCCGGAAAUCCUACAACAUCCAGGGGUUGGUAUGAUUGAGUUCAAUGCCAUUGCCCCCUCGUUACUCCUCAAGGCACUGGAACUCGUUGUCCAGAAAGAGGCCAGAAAAUCUGGUCGCAGGAAAACACCAGGACCUCAAGUUCUAAAACGCCUUGGUGAAAUUGGAGACAUCAGAAACGCCGUGUCAUCUCUCGAGUUUCUGUGUCUGAAAGGUGACCAGCAAGGAGAUUGGGGUAACAAGGUCGUGCUCACGAAGCUGACCAAAGGUGCGAAAGAUGCCAUCAAACUCACACAAGGCGAAGAGGAGAGUCUGGAACAAGUAUCCCAACGUGAAGCGAGUCUAGGUAUCUUCCAUGCGGUUGGAAAGGUUGUCUACAACAAACGAGAUGAGCUUCCUCCGCCAGGAGGUAACGAUGUCGAGAACCUCCCAAGUUUCCUUUCGCAUUUCUCGAGACCGAAACGCUCACAAGUGUCUGUUGAUACGCUCAUCGAUGAGACGGGUACAGAUACACAUACUUUUGUUUCGGCCUUACAUGAAAACUACGUUCUUUCCUGUGAGAGCACAGACCCUAUGGACUUGUCAACACCAAUGGACUACGUUAAUGACUGUAUCGAAUAUCUGUCACAAGCAGAUCUCCUCUCACCAUCAAGAGAUAUCUUCUUCGGCGGCAGAGGUGGCUUUUCAGGUUCAGAUUCUGGCAGCCAUGUGUUACGGCAGGACGAAAUAACUUUCCAGGUAGCUGUCAGGGGCAUGUUGUUCUCACUUCCUAACCCUGUUAAGCGCAAAUCAUCAGCCAUGUCCAAGGGCAGCGACGCCUUCAAGAUGUUCUACCCCACGAGUCUGAAACUCUGGCGUGCCAAGGAAGAGUUAGAAGGGUUUGUGGAUAUGUGGUCUACAAAACUACUUAAAGGCGACGAUGGAGCAACGAAAAAUCUGACCGAUGGGGCCACAGCGUUUCGUCGUCCUCAGCAAUCCUCUGGCGAGACCUCCUGGAUGCAGCGUAAGCAGCUAAAUCGUCAAGCGAUGGUAAAGCAGCAGCAGCAGCAAGAAGACGAUCUCGAGAGUGCGCCGCUUCUCUCGCUUGGCAGCGCAGCCCGGCGUGAGAUGCUCCUUGAGCGUCUCCCAUAUAUGGCGCACAUAGCUCGUGCUCGAAAAACAUCAAGCUUCCGUUUGCGCGAACUUGAGAAGGUGGUUGCCUUCAAAGGCAUUAAUGCUGCCGAUGAAGAGUCUGAUGCAGAUGACGACAUGCAGCCGGGAGAGGCUUGGGCAACAGAUAAACCAUCAGAAGAAAUAAGUUCCCGGAAGAGAAGUGCGGGUAUAAAGGAAGGAAAUGUUUCGGGCCUUCUCGCUCAGAAAUUGGUGCUGAGUGAUGAUGAUAUUGAGGAUUAA